AGUAGGGUCAAAUGUACAUCCUCCAUGCUCCUAAGAUACCCUGAAAAGAGCUUCUUGUUUUUUUGGCAGAUAAUGUCUUCUUUGCUGGUCUUGUCUGUAACAGUAGCUGUAACAGCAUUGGGCGUAUGGAUUUGGAUCAGGAGAUCCAGAGAUCGAAUCCCAGGGGGACCUAGAGCAUGGCCCUUGCUCGGUUCUACUCUCGAACUCACAACAAAUUUCCACCGCCUGUACGACUGGAUCACAGACUAUGCUAUACAAAUGCCCACGUUCCAGGCAAGCCAUAUGGGUUUCAGAUUCUUUUUCACUGUGGAUCCUGCAAACGUUGAGUAUAUCCUCAUGACUAAAUUUGAUAACUAUGUAAAGGGAAGUGCUGCUCAUGAGAUUCAGUAUGACUUUCUGGGUGAUGGUAUUUUGAACACGGACGGAGAAAUGUGGAGACUCCAACGCAAAUCUGCCAGACUUGAGUUUUCCUCCAAGAUGCUGCGGCUUUACAGUACAGAUGCCUUCAGGAAAUAUGCGGUGAAACUGAACUCUGUUUUGGAGCAAAAGGCCAUUAAUGGUGCAGUUGUGAAUAUGCAGGAUCUGUUACUGCGGAUGACAAUUGAUUCUAUAGGCGAGCUUAGCUUUGGAGUAGAAAUCGGUAGCCUGGUCUCCUCUUUACCAGAUGUCCCGUUUGCUUCAGCUUUUGACAGGUCUAAUGCUCACUGUGCUUCUCGAUACUUUGAUCCCUUUUGGAAAUUAAAGAAGCAGUUUAACAUAGGUUCAGAGGCCAAAGCCAAACAGGACGUUAGGGUUUUGGACAAUUUUAUCUACCCUUUGAUACAGAAGCGCAAACAAUCCAUCCAAGAUAACGAGGUGAAAUCCAAAUCUGAUCUCCUGUCGAGGAUGCUGUCAAUGGCCGAGGAGAAUCCAGAAUUGUAUGAUGAUAGAAAGCUGAGAGAUGCUGUUUUGAAUUUUCUUUUUGCAGGACGGGAUGGCACGGCUAUCACUCUUUCCUGGUUACUUUGGUUGCUGUCUGAAAAUUCUCAAGUAGAAGAGAAAAUAGUGCAAGAGUUGCACAGUAUUCCAGGUUUUAACGGCACCGCCAUUGAUGAGAAUGAUGUUUGUUGCUUUAAGAAAUAUUCUGAGCUGCUGACCUACGAUGUGCUGAAUAAUAAUAUGCAUUAUUUGCAUGCUGCCAUCACUGAAACGCUGCGCUUAUUCCCUGCUGUCCCUCUGGAUGGGAAGAGUGCUGUGAGUAAUGACAUUCUACCAGAUGGCAGCAGAAUCGCAAAGGGGAAUGUGGUAUUCUAUGUACCUUACGCAAUGGGUCGAAUGCAGAGACUUUGGGGGGAUGAUGCCAUGGAAUUCAAGCCUGAGAGAUGGCUUAAUGAAGAUGGCAUAUUUCAGCCUCAGUCUCCAUUUAAAUUCACAGCAUUUCAGGCUGGGCCGAGAAAUUGCAUAGGAAAGGAGUCGGCCUACUUGCAGAUGAAAAUAGCUGCUGCAUUGCUUCUACGGUUCUUCACAUUUGAAAUUUGUGAAAGGUCACCAAGUAAAGUACAGGAUGGCCUUAAGCUUGCUCGUGCCCUCUUUACCAAUGAUCAUCCACCGGCGAGGAAGCAGAUGAUGACCAGGAACACUUGUUUUUAUUGUGGGAAUGUGAUGAACCCUUGCUGGUUCAACUCUUCAAUCUGUUGUAAUUUGUAGAUCUUCUUUGUAAUUUUUUAUUAUUAAGAUGGUCUUUCAGAAAUAGAUAGAAGUUGUAGAAGAGGGUUUCUUUAAUUUGCAACACAUAUUGAAUAAUACAUGA